UUGAAUCCCUGAAAUUUCGUUAAAAAGAAAUAUAUCUUCUGAUACCCACACGAUUAGGAUUUUUUCGCAUAUACAACUCCCCCGGUACAAGCUUUAUCGCGAUCAACAGCUUGGUAGAGAAUCUAGAAUCAGGGGAAGCGACAAGCGCAGGUUCUUCGGUGGGGGGUGAAAACGAUGUCGUCGUCGGACAUUGCGGCAAUAAUGCACAAUGCCAGCGAGUUGGAAGGGGUAAGGGAGCAACUGGAAGAGAUACUUGUCGAGAUCAAUACGAUUCACGAGAAGCUGAAGAACACUCCAGAGGUUGUUGAAAAACUUGGUGAUUCGUCCCUGUCGAGAGUCAGGAUGCUAUAUAUGCUAGGCAAAGAGCUUUCUGAGAGAGAAGCAGAGGUUUCCUAUCAGUUGGUAAAACAGCUUGAUGCAUUUUUGGAUUCUAUUGUGGGCCGAGAACAGUGGAUGACUGAAGAAGAUGUUGAGUUAGAAGCGUUUAUGAAGGCCAAUUUAGAUUACUUGAAAUCGUCCUCUCCCUCCAUGCAAAGUGAUCCUGACUCUCCUGCAAGUUUGAAGGGUGAACAAGUAGCUGCGAAGGUCGGUGUAGAUGAUAACCAGUCGGAAAUGUGGUUUGUGGUUAGAGUAAUCAAUUUUGACGAGGCGACCCAAGAGUUUGAAGUACAGGAUGAGGUACCAGGUGACAACGAUGAGAGGACCUGGCCGAGGAUAUACAAGCUGCCCAAAUCAGACAUCAUCCCGUUGCCCAAGUCAACCGAUUUUCCCAACAUUCACAAUUUCCCUCCAGAGUGCCGUGUUUUGGCCGUGUAUCCUGAAACCACGGCUCUAUAUAAGGCAACGAUGAUCCGCAUACACAAGCAAAAGAGGGUUGUCCAUUUUGUGUUGACAUUUGACGGCGACGAAGAAGUGGAUGGCUGUUUGCCUCUUCGAUCUGUACCCUUCUACUGGGUGGUUCCUCUUCCUAAAGAAUGCCAGGAAAAGAAAAAAGAAGAAGAGGAAAAAGGCAAAGCAGCAGCAAGGUAGCUCAAGUUCUUCUUGUGUGUGCAAUAAUUCUGAUACAUAUGAUGCAAUAUGUUUGGAACAGGGUUUUUGUGUUUGUGUUUUCUGUUGUAGUAAUUUAGAUCGAUGGUUGUCUGUAAAAUGGUUUUUGAGAUGUGAUGAUAGGAGUUUUCAUGACAGAGGAUUUAGGGAGAGAGGAAGGAUUUUGUUAUUUUCAACGUUGGUUUUAAG